AUUUGCUUACACCUUAUUGGUGUUACUUCUGUGAUAUUGUUGACUUUGUAAAAGAUCUGAUUGGGAUCUUUAAAUUUAAGAGAACACACUACCAUGCAGCAUAUGUAUAUCCGUAAGUACUGAAUUGGAUUUAUUGUUUUUACCUUUAUUAAAUUGUGCUUCCAAAUGAAUCUUAUUUGUCUGUCUUAUUUAUAGGUGGAAGGUUAGAUUUGGCAGAGAUUCAAUAAUUAAUGGAGCAAACUUGCUUCCUCUAGUUUAUGAGCAAUAUCGCAAUGCUCCUGAUGACCAUGGUGCUGUUGAUGAAGAAGAUGCUGCAGAGGCCAAUGAUAGUGGUCAUGGUGUUGUUGAUGAAGAAGAUGCUGCAGAGGCCAAUGAUAUUGUUGAUGAUGAUGGUUACCUGAACACCUGUCUUGAUCCUGCUACUGUUUUGGCCUUUCAUUUUUUUCCGCUCUACUGGGAGAAUGCCCAAGGUCAGAUCCGUACAAGGAAAAGAUGUAUGAGACCAUCACAAGCACAGAUGAAGAAAAUUGUGAACCUGUUGGACCAGUGUUUGAGGGUCUUGGUAAGAACUGGAAUUCCACUUGCAAAACAGCAUUGUUGCUCAAGCUUGCGAUUGAAUUGGUCAAAAUUGCUCCAGCAGUAAAGGGUAUGUGGCCUGAUAUGUAUGAUGAAUUGAAAAAUGAGUUCAUAAGUUAUGAUCAAAUUGCGCAGCUGCGCUGCCGUGACCUGGUAGCACAUACGAUGAACAUUCAAGAAGUUCUCUGUUUAACAAAGGAGAAGGUGAACAAGGUUGUCAAUGGAGAAAAUCUUUGCUGCUACGUCUAUAGAAACAAAGCCUAUAACCGCAUUGUGGAUUAUUGCUUGUCCAUGAUUAUGUAUUCUGAACUUGUUCUUGGUGUCAUGUUGAGACACGAAGGGUAUAAAAGGCCAGUUUACCUAGAAGAAUUUGUGGUUAAGGAUAGGGAUAGUUCUUCGAGGGCCAUGGAUGCGGAGGCAUUAUUUAUUGCAGAAUACAAGAUUUUUGAAAUUGAGUACAAAGAAGGCAAGCGGAGGUUGGCACUCUUAUUGGGGUUUCAUGAUAAUGCUGUUGUGUUUCUAAAACGGUGGUGUUAUUCCAUGCAUGUAAGCCCGGCAUUGGAUCUCGAAGAUGUUGAGAAGUGGUGUGAAAUGUUCAAAUUUAAAAAAGAAAGUAUGACUGAAGUUGGUGCUGCAAAAAGUGUUAUGAGAGCUUGGAUUGAGUCAAACAAUGCAAAAAAUAAUGCAUUUGAAGAUGUGGAGAAGAGAAUUGAUUUGAAUGCUGCUUUGAAGGCUCUUUUUGAUUUCAUUGGAGCAAACUGUCCCCAGUAUGGCAGCGAUGUUGACUGAGAUUGUCUGUGCGUGCGGGUCAAGGACUCUGGCAGUGUGAAGCAACCGCGGCAGAUGAGUCACAGUGAAGACCUUGAACCACUUUGAAGACCUGUUUCUUGGUGUGUAUUUUUGGUCCAAAUGCUACCGCCUGUUGUCUGUGCAUGUCAAGGACUGCGGGUCAAGGACUCUGGUGGCAGUGUGAAGCAACCGCGGCAGAUGAGUCACAUUGAAGACCUUGAACCACUCCUUUUGUGAUGGCGGUGGGUGCUGUCAGGAAGCUGUUUGUAAUGUGGUAAUGAGAUAUGGGUUGUAUUUCCUUGCAAAAA